AUGGCGGUUAUUGCCCUCGGACCACCGCUCCUGUGGCUCCUCUGCGCCGGUGGGGCGCCGAGUCUUUCCUACCGGGAGCUCAAAGACUUGAAGAAGGCCAACGUCCUCCACAUAGAUGUGCGGGAGAGGUGGGAGAUCGACAAAUUUGGGAAAAUCCCGGCGUCCAUCAACAUACCGCUGGGUGAAUUAGUGGAAGCGCUACAAAUGGACCCAACGGAGUUCAAGGAGCAGUACAAUCAAAAGAUGCCAGCCAAGUCGGACCCUGUGGUUUUCUCCUGCUUGGCAGGAACGAGAAGUAAACAAGCACUCGGUUUUGCCACGUCCUUGGGUUUCAGCAGAGUACAGCAAUAUGCUGGCGGCUUCGAGGAUUGGGUAAAACAUGAACCUCCAGAGAAAAAAUGA